CUCAUCUCUUGAACGCAGCGCUGAACCGCUCUGCACCGCCAUCAUGUCCAAAAAGUCAUCCAAGCUCGACCUGUUGGUGCGCGUUCGUUUCGAGAACCCGCUACCAGACCUUCCGUUCCCCCCAAAGCUCCUCAAUGUGUCGACCGACAUUCAGCGGCUGGGCGAGCCGAGCUACCUCAACCAGCUGGCAUCGACCACUCAGUUUCCGAUGCUCGUUGACUCGGAGAUGGGCAUGCCGAUUGACCUGAACGAGUUUGACGGCGUGUGGGAUGGCAACGAGGCGGCCUUGAAUCCCCCCACGGACGCCUCGCGUGUAACGGAUGCAGCAGAUCUUGCUCUCCUGACCCCCUUGCGGCUGGCAGCGGCCAACGGCCCCUCUGCACCAAAGGCGUCCGAGGUGUCGUGGAUGCGCAACUCGUCGUACAUCCAGCGACGUAACGGUGCCGUCAAGCGGCGAGAGAUGGCGCUGAAGAAGGAGGAGAUUGUGGACGCGUCCGAGGCGGCACAGAUCAUUGCCAUCGACAAGACGUUUGCCGACUUGCGCGCUGAGCCCGCCGAGGGCAUGAAGCACCCCGACCCGAAGCGCAAGCACCUCCGCGUGGUGGAGACGUACGACAUCCUGCCCGACGACGACGCAUGGUCCAACUCGUACCUCAUGAUCAAGUUCCCCGAGCGGCCAUCGGUGGCGACGUCGAGCGACCCACGUGCGCAGGCGUCGAGCGAGCGCCUGAGCCGUGCCAUUCUGCGUCCGAUUGUCGAGGACGACCAGCAGAUCAUGGAGUACUUCCUCCCGCGGGAAGAGGACCUCGGACAGCUCAGCAACAUCCUCGAGCACCCAAUGUCCGAGGAGGCCCUUACGGAGAUGUACGAAAAGGUCGAGGAGGGCGGAGACGUGGACGAGCUGUUCCCCAACACGGCCUACGAAAGGUUACGGACGUACGAGGUGGUCGGGCAGACGCAGCCGCAGAAGGAGGUAAUUGUGACGUUUGUCGAGGAGGGCGGCGACGAGGAGGAGGACAUGUUCGGCGACGACGACGACGACGAGGACCAGCCGGCCAAGAAGAAGCGCAAGGGCGUUUACUUCAAGGAGGUGACGAUGAAGGCGCAGCUCCGCAAGACGCGCGCGCGCGGACGCGACGAGGAGACGCGUACCGACGUGUGGGACAAGGUGCGCGUCGGCGCCCGCGAGCCCAGCUCCAAUGAGGUCGAGGCGCGUGCGGCCGCGCUGCAGCCCGUCGCCGACCCCGAGUGGAGCGAAGAGCAGCUGCGCAUCAUGCGCAGCACCGACAUUGGCGACGCGCCAGAGGACGGCCGCUCGCCAGAUUCCGAGGUCGGGCACUUGUUGGCCGACGAUGACCGAGACUAG